CCGCAACAACAACCCCGAUCAGAGAGCUUGUAGCUUCAACCUUCUCUGCUACAUUCGCUCCAGACUAUUACACCUUACCUUUGUCUUUUUUUUGCAUUUUUGCGCCGACAAUUCCGUGUGGACCUAGCACCCUCCCUGAUGGUCGACUACGAUCGUCGGCCCCAUGGCCCAAGGGGUGGUCGCAAGAGGCGCUAUAGGGAAGAAGAUGAUUACGACCGCCGCCAAAGGCGCAGAUACGAGGAACCAUUGUUUGUCAAAGUUCGGAGGCAGUUGCUCACAAUUGCUGAAUCUGCUGCCAGAAGAGCAGAGGAUGACGCUAUUCAUAUUGCAAGAACAGUGGCUGAGAACUACGGCGAUGACGAGAUUAAGGCUGUGUUUCUUGACACCGCAAUCGAACUUAUCCUCGAGCAGCCGUUAAAGAUCCCUUUCAUUGCGGCAACAGUCCUUGCUGCAAACGCCUUGAACUCAGAACCUGUUACAGAUAUAUUGAAGCGAGCAGGUGAAUCUUUGCAAGGGUACAUCGAUGCUGGUGCGUGGCGUGAAGUCAAGCUCCUUCUGCGUUUUCUCGGUUGCCUUCAGGGUGUUUUUGAAGGGGAAGGAAUUUUUCCCGUUUUGGAAGAGAUAUUUGCGCGCGCGGUUGACCUUCAAACGGCUUCCUCUGAAGAUGCGAGUAAUCCAUUGCUCGGUCUGGAACUCGUCAAAAUCAUCCUCUUCAUCUUACCAUACGUAAUGGCAUCGCCAGCAACCGGUUUUGAACCUCAGGCAACUGCUCUUCUGGAAAAGACCGAUAUCAUCGCUUCUACUCCGCAUGCUCUUGUGGAUCUCGUGAACCCUUUCAGUCUCCCCGAGCACAGGCUGACUGCCACAGAGAGCAUAAUCAGCUUGAUGCAGAGACAGCUCCAGGAAGAAUCGAGUCGGUCCUGGGAACUCGCAUGCCUCCCGCGCCCAUGGAAACGAAUUUCUGAGACCCUCGAAUCGCAGAAUGAAACUCAAGUCGAAGUUCAAGAUGGAGAAGAAGCCGAAUCGCCCAGGGCUCUGACAUUUGCAACAAAGCAUGCUUUCCCGCGAGUCAUCAUUCCCAAUCCUGUCUACAACGGAGCAAGAGCGAUCUUCCCGGAGAUCUAUCUUUCUGUCUAUACGAAUCAAGACAUUGAGACAGUUCCGCCAACAUCGGACAUUGCUUCGUCCCUAUUACGUGAUUCGCUCGUCGAUACGAUCAACAUCCUUGAUUUUAACCGUAUUGCAACUGCGAAGUAUCUCAUCGACGUUGAUUGUUAUUUCACGCCGAAUACCUUCGUCAAACGAGCCACACCCUUUGAUCGCUUGCGUGAACUACCCGCUGAUCGGCCUCAAUGGAAGCCCGAAGACGUCGCUGUGGACGCGGUAUUCUCUCAACUCUUCCAGCUGCCAUGCCCUGAACACAAGUUCAUUUAUUACCACUCCGUGCUUACUGAGUGCUGCAAGAUUGCUCCUGCGGCCAUUGCUCCAAGCUUGGGUCGGGCUAUUCGAUUCCUAUAUCGCAGCCUUGAGACAAUCGAUCUCGACCUCAGUCAUCGAUUCCUGGACUGGUUCUCUCAUCACCUAAGUAACUUCGGCUUCACUUGGAAAUGGAGUGAAUGGAUUGAGGACCUGGAGUUACCCGCCAUUCAUCCUCGAAUGGCUUUCAUUGCCGGGGCGCUCGACAAGGAGAUCAGAUUGAGUUUCGCCCAGCGUAUCAGAGGAACUCUACCGGAUCCCUAUCAAGAAUUGAUAACAGAAGGGAAGGAGAAGGAUAUUCCAGACUUUAAGUACAUGUUUGAUACUACACCGUAUGCAAAGGAGGGUAAGGAAAUUAUGCAGCUUGUUCGCAAGAAAGCAAGUGAUGACGAGAUACAACCCUUCAUUCAAGCGAUCGAAGAACAAGCCAAGUCUUUAGGUGUUGAUGAUCCAUUGCUUCCAUCCACCGACGCAUUUGUCACCGCUAUUUGCUUCGUGGGAUCUAAAUCUCUUUCUCAUGUCCUUUCAUGCAUUGAGCGAAACAAGGAGCGGCUAUUGGCCAUUGGCCCAAAGUCCCCUCAAGCUCAACGUCAAAUUAUCACAUCCGUCAUGAACUAUUGGGUAGAUCAACCGGGUAUCGGUAUAAAUAUUAUCGACAAACUCCUGAACUACACGAUUCUCACCCCGCUAUCAGUCGUCGAGUGGGCUCUAGUUGACAGCCUUGAAGCAGGUACGGUUCUUGCAAAACCGCACAUCUUUGAGAUGAUCUCCGCCACCGUUGGGAAGGUCACAAACCGUCUCCGACAGAUUGUUGCUGCCCGUACUCAGUCCAGCUUGUAUGAGCCUCAACUAAGCGUUCUGGACGAGACUUUGAAACGUGAAAAGGCCGACAUGCAAGCCCUUUUUCGAGUCAUUGAGGACUCCAUUGUAUCGGUUGCUGGUGGCAGUAACGAUGAGCUAAUGGAAAGAGGGGACGGGAGCGGAACUAUGCCUGAGGAUGAGAUCAUCCGGCGUUGGGGCCAGCGGUGGCUCAGAGUGUUCCGGCGCAGAGCUGGCGUUGAAGAGUCUUUCAUUGUCGAGGCCAUGACCAAAGCAAUUCCAGUCGGCACGGUGGCACCUUCCCCUGUCCCAGAUGAGCUCAUCGCUUCUGAGCGUGUCCCGUCAAAUGGAGACAUGGAUUUGACUGAGAUGGUGCAGGAGAAUUGACACUCCCAUAUUACAGAAGGGCAAUUUUUAGUCCUUUGUCAUAUGAUUUUAUGUAUAAUUGUGAGAGUCAGGGUUGAUUCACACUAUGUGCCCGUAUGUGUGUGUGUUAUUAUCUGUAUGUAAGAUCAAUCAAAAGAACGGAUUCGCGCAAUGGGAUAAAAUCUACCUU